CAGAUGGGAAGUGACCUAUCGAGGCCUGGAGCUCCUAGGCCAGAUGUCAGAAGAUAAGGAUCUGGACAUUCCGGGGCUUGGGAGAUUGGACCACCAGUCUGUUUGUAGCUCGGCCCCCCUCUGCCACAGGGCUUCAAACUAGGAAGUAUCUAGGAGAUGAAAAAGGAAGUAGGUGAGAGACAGAAACACAUAGGAAACUUGAGCAAGUAGAAAGUGGACACCGCAGGCUCUGUUGCAAACACCUGGAUUACAGCGGGGACCUGGAUUUGCUGGGGACACCAGCCAGAGACAGGACCAUGUGGCUGUCCCCAGUUCUGCUCCUUCUCUGCCUCUCAGGCUCUUUGUCCCUGACAGGCCCCAGCUCUGUGACGGGCACCUUGGGUGGCUCUCUGUGCGUGCAGUGUCAGUACAAGGAGGUAUACCAGAGGUAUAGCAAAUACUGGUGCCGAGGACAGUAUGACGCAACAUGUGAGAAGAUCGUGGAGACCAAGGGAGAAGAGAAAGAAGAGAGGAGUGGGCGUGUGUCCAUCAGAGACCACGCUGAUCAUCUCACCUUUAUAGUGACCAUGGAGAACCUCACUGCAGACGAUGCUGGAUCCUACUGGUGUAGAAUUCAGACAGUAUGGCUCCUGGAUGUGUGGUCAUAUGACCCUUCAUUCCACGUUAACGUGUUUGUUUCCACAGCACCAAGUAAAACCACAGGGAGGACCACAUGUCAAGCUGCACCUGCUGCCUUUCCGGGGCUGAACACCAAACAGAACCUCAGCAUGGAGGAGCCGUUGACUUGCUGCUCAGGGUCCUUGCUCAGCAGUGUCCACUUCCUGCUCCUGGUCUUCCUGAAGCUUCCCCUGUUCCUGACAUUGAUCGGCGCUGUUCUCUGGGUGAACAGGCCUCCGAGGGGCUGUGGAGGAAUUAAGCCGAAGGAAGAUAAUCCACAAUGUAGUGCACCAUUCCCAGGAAGGCCCUGUCCAGGAACGUAGCCCCUUGGACUGGACAAGAGAGACCUUCAGACUCCAGACUCCGGAGCAGGGGGAGCUGCUGUGCCUGGAUCCUGGAGGGACCCAGGUCUUCUUGGGGGUAUGGGUCCUGUGUCUUGAGGGAGAAUCCUGGUUCUCAGAGGACAUUUGCUCUGAGUCCUCAGGUGCAGGAAGGACGAGUCUCCUGGGCUCAUGCUCGGGGGGUCCUCUGUUCUCCACCCCCGAACCCCUAGCUCCUUGCCCUCAUGCCUACCUCCCAAGGGCAAGAAUUUCUUGCCACAAAAGCUUCCGGGUUCAGUGUUCCCCCAGGGCAAUAACCACCUCCUUCCUGCAGCCAGGAGGCUCCCUGGGAUGGCAGGUUGCCACAGCCACCAUGGGGCACACCGUCCUGGGAAGGACUCAGGUGGUUUUGAGUACUUGUCAAUGGCCCCCUUCCGAAAGUGUGCAGGGAGGAACACAGUCUGUCACGAGCACGCGUCCCCAGCUCCACUCAGCUCCUUGCAUCUAGACCAGCCCUCUCGUCUCCACCACGCAAAGCCAGUGAUGCCAGUUUCCAGAAAACACUCGAGCUCCUCAGUACUGCAUUUACAGGCAUGGAGGCCAUGCUCGGAACCCGAGCUCCGGCGUGGCUUCUGUUAGGGGAGGACCCCUCGUGACACCUUCCAGGAGACCUGGCACUGGUCCAGGACUC